AGUGAAAGUGCUCAUCGCGCAAGCGCGUGACGGGAAAACCAUGGCGGAUUCAGGAAGCGAGGAUAUAGCGGUGAUAGGGAACACAGAUCUAACUCCGUCGGAGUCGGAGAACAACAUAAAGAACGUCAGAAAGCCAAUGAUCGAAAAAGGGACAAGUCUUCUGAAAAGGAUGGAGAUCAGUGUGGCUGAAGCAGAAAAAAGAACAGGGAAGAAUGCUGUCAACAUGCAGGAGACUUACACAGUGUAUCUUAUAGAGACGAGGCCAGUGGAUGCUGCUUUGGAGGGGACCAAUCCUGUCCCAGAUUGUCUUUGGAGGCGUUACAGCGAGUUUGAGCUCCUUAGAAACUAUUUAUUAGUCACCUAUCCAUUUGUGGUGGUUCCACCUUUGCCUGAAAAAUGGGCUGAAUUUGUUUGGCACAAGCUUUCGACAGACAACAUGGAUCCCGAUUUCGUUGAGAGGCGUAGGGUCGGACUGGAGAACUUUCUGCUCAGAGUGGCAUCGCACCCAGUCCUGGCCAGUGACAAGAUCUUCUAUUCGUUCCUCACAGAGGAAAAUGGUUGGAAGGAAACAGUGUUUGAGACAGGAUUUCAGGCAAAGGCUGAUUCAAGAUUAAAGGCUUUAAACGCCACAUUCAGAGUGAAGAAUCCAGACAAACGUUUUGCAGAAAUGAAACACUAUGGAGAUGGGCUGCAGUCUGUUAUAUCCCAGCUGCUGAGAGUUCGGGCGAGAGCAGCUGAUCGCCUAUAUGGAGUCUACAAAGUGCAUGGAAAUUAUGGAAGAGUCUUCAGUGAGUGGAGCGCCAUUGAGAAAGAGAUGGGAGAUGGUCUCCAGAGCGCCGGCCAUCACAUGGACGCGUAUGCUGCCUCUGUGGAUGAUAUUCUGGAGGAAGAGGAGCAUUAUGCUGACCAGCUGAAGGAGUAUCUUUUCUAUGCAGACGCAUUAAGGGCAGUGUGUAGGAAGCAUGAGCUCACACAGUAUGAACUGGAGAUGACCGCCCAAGAUCUGACCUCUAAGAAACAGCAUCGGGAGGAACUCGCCACUGGGACGGUACGGACAUUCUCUCUGAAGGGUAUGACCAGUAAGCUGUUUGGACAGGAGACCCCAGAGCAGAGAGAAGCCAAGAUGAAAAUGCUGGAGACACAGAUCAAGGAAGGAGAGGAACUGGUGAAAGAAAGAAAUGCAGAAUGCGAAGAGUUUGUGAAGAGUGCAUGGGUGGAUAUUGAGAGGUUCAAAGAGCAGAAAGACCAUGAUCUAAGAGAGGCUGUCAUCAGUUAUGCCAUCAUGCAGAUCAGCAUGUGCAAAAAGGGAAUUCAAGUUUGGAACAACGCUAAAGAGUGCUUCGGUAAGAUGUGAAGGUCCAGCCACGACACCAAAACACUAGGAGGCCUUGGAGACAUCGAUGCAGAGAAGCACACACACUCCUAGAGACUGACCAGCUGGGGGUGGGGGGGUACAGAAGUCUUCUUCUCAGACUUAUUUAUGGUUGCAUUUGUGACUGCACUAUUUUGACCCACACAAUGGUUGUGAAGGGAAAUGGACAAUUAAUAGCUUAAAGGGAUUGUUCACCCAAAACUGAAAAUUCUCUCAUCGUUUACUCACCCCAUGCCAUCCCAGAUGUGUAUGCCUUCCUUUCUUCUGAUGAAUACAAACAAAGAUUUUUAGUAGAAUAUCU